UUGGCCCACACGCGUUAAAAAAAAGAUGUAAUCUGCACGUUUAAUUGGCUCCAGCAACCCGAAGCCAGAUUAGCGCAAAGAAGAAAGAGCACAUUUAAAUAGAUUAGCAAUGCACGCUAUUCAUCUUUGAUACCACCUGUGCUGCAAGAGGCUCCCAAUGUUAUAUUGCAUUAUUUUUACAAAAAAAAUACCUACUGUUACUUUCUCAAACUUAUAUUAUACACAUCAUUUACCAAAUAUCAAAUAUGUGCUACUGGUGCUACUCUUUUGGUGCAAACCAUUUCUCCAUAAUGAACUGCAUUCCCUCCUGGAGGUGCUCUGAGCAUGCUCAGUGACCACAGUGUGCAGAAGAAGAAGGAAGGGAACAUUAAGUCCAUUAAUGCACUGACUUCUGGGUUGCAAACACCAUUAGUGCAUAGUGAAGUGCCAGCAUUAACUCUCCACUUCCUGUCAUCGAAAAGGUAAACACUUCACAUAGGGGGCAUCAGUGUGGGUGUCCAGUACAGUAUAUGCUGUGUGAGAGGGCCUUAACCCCCCAGCCCCCCAACACCACUACAGUAUUAUUCAUGUGCAUAGACAACCCCUCUGAUAUACUUAAAUCCAUUAAAAUGAAGCCUGCUGCAAAUCCAGACACACUAAUCCUAUUAGCUUUGUUAUAAUAUUGAUGUCAUAUUGCACUGACAGAUGAAAGCCAUCAAUUGAUCAACUGAUCUACAUGUCAGUGUUUGUGUAUUUCCUGUCAAAGUGCAGCUUUGGUCCUGGUGUGUGAACAGGUCAGGAUGUAACCUGUAAGCCUGCACGUUGAAAUGUUUCAGUCUGUUUUGUGAAAAGAUGCUAACACCAUGGAGCAAUGCUCGGCGGCUGUGUGCACUGAUGAGAGGAAGCCAUCAGUCACGGAGGGUGUGUGUGUGGGGGGAAUGGUCAUGUGAAGCAUGUUUCACUCAUGCGGUUUGUUUGGCUCAGUUGACAGUAAGUCGAUAUAUGGAGGAAGUCCUGCCCAGGAAACUGUUUCAGCACUUUUAGGAGGGAAUGGUACCAAUAUUUUAAGCACGGAAGGAAGUUGAGGAUUUUCCGGUAAAGAUAACUUGAUGCCACAAAAAAGUCAGCAAAACAUGGCAGGCAUGCUGCGAUAAAAAAGCUACUGUAGUUUCAUUAGUUGUUCAUCCACAGGGCGGGAGUCUUGGCAAGCUGAUCAAAUGGUGGUACGCCGGCCUGAUCACCUGACACUUUUUAUGUAGAGACUUUCUUCCAUGUUCAUUUUAUACCACGAAGCAGCACAGGGGUCCACUCGGUAAGCACUCACAGUUUGAACCUCAAAAACAUGCCCUUUGGUGCACGGAAAAGUCUAAACCGUCCUCGAAAUAACAUGAAUGUUGGCGUAAUCAAAGACUUGAUUGUCUCUGAUGCUUACAAAUAAAUAUGUUAGGUCAGACCUGUGAUUGACAGGUCAUCAGCCCAUGCUGUAAUUAAUCUGGAAUAGUACCCCGCAUCACUUUUCCAUAAACAACGGCGAUGAUUGCUAAUUGGAAUCAUCGCCAAUACCCUAGUUCAAUGCUUUUGAUUAUGCCAUCAGCCAGGAUGGCUGAAGUAGGGCAACUUCCUCACAUGGUGGUCUCAUGGUGGCUUGAUGCAUGCAUCCUUAUCAUCAGUGGUCCUAUACAAGUGCACCAUUCACGCACAGGCCACACCUUUAGGUACACCUUCUAAUGCGAUCCAAAACAAGGGCUGUAUCUAAAAUUCCAAAUUACCAAUCACAACAAUGCUCAUUCAGUCAUUUAUUUUCGAUGCCGCUUAAUCCUCAUUAGAGUCGCGGGGGUGUGCUGGAGCCUAUCCCAGCUGACUUUGGGUGGGAAGCAGGGUACAUCCUUGACUGGCCACCAGCCAAUCGCAGGGCGCAAACAGACAAACAACCACAAUAAUGCUCAAUUUUGAGGUAUUAAUUUUAAAGCCAGUAAGACCAACAACAAAAAACACAUUUGAGUAUUGUAAAUGAGGGGCUGUGCUGGGUGGAGUGUCAGAGUGGGAGUGUCGUGAUGCACUUGUGGGCUGAAAAUGUGAAAUUGUGCUCUCUCUCUCUCUCUGUGUGUUCGUGUUGUUAUGGCAACUGCUCACUAUAGUACACCACAGUAGACAGUACCUUUAAAAUACAGCUUUAAUCUCCCGUUUUAUGCACUCAACACUCCUUUUUUAGAUGUCAACCAUCUAGAGUUGAUUUUCUAUACUCAUGCAUGGGUUAUUUUUGCACAGUUCCUCAAUAAAGACUUUUGUCCAGCCUUUGGGUGCCGCCGAGAUUGACCUCACGUCCGAAUGCAAAGGUCACAGUGACGCGAGUGCGGCGGAGAGAUGCGCAAAUAGUGUAAAUGCAAUACGGUGCUCCUGCUAGUCAGGGGGCCUCAUGCAUGAUGUAUGACUGCCAUUUCCUCCUCUUUACUUGGGAACGCAAAUUAAUUAUUUUACAUGUCACAACUUAAAUAUUGAAAAGUGUCACACAACAGAUGCUGAGGUGAAACAAAGCUGAUGAAUGCAUACGAAGAAGCGUUCUUCUUUUGCGUGUCUGGGGGCUGCAGCACCACACCCAACCGCCAGAUGGCGCCAGAGUAUAACACAUUAAAAGCUCACGCCCUCAUUAAAAGGAUGAAUUCACCUCAGCACCUAUCCAGAGGUUGCCAUGGGUGACCGAGAGCAUCCUUCCUAAUUUUAGAAAGAAAAAACAGGAUGGCUGAGAUGAUUCCCCUGUUGUCAUCUCCACAUGGGGGUAGAACCAUGAUGGGCGGAUCAAGUUCCAAUGGCAUAUUUUUCCAUGAGCCUGGCUGACAUCAUUACGUCUGGAGAUGGAGAUAGAUGCAUAGUACCUCCCCCCUACUCCUCCAUCCCGCCCCUUCCACCCUCCCUCCUCGCUCUCAUCCACUUGGAGCGUGCUGCCUCUUAAUGACGGCGUGCACGGAGGCAGGCAGGAGGCGGACCGACGGGCGUGAAGUAAAUAGUAAAGUGGUGCAUCCGAGAGACACCAGUGCGCGGGAGAAAGCGGAACCACGCACAGCACCCUGGUCCUAUCUCUUCCUUUUUUAAAACCAUCCACUGGAUCAAGUGCUUGCUUUCCACCCUUGUUGGAGGAGAUGUGCAAGAAAAGAAGAAGCCAGCCGGAGUCCCGGCGUGAAACCGUUGGCCAGUCUGGGCACCAAGACCCGCUUCAAAAAAAAAAUAUUCUCCUCGGAGUCCUGAGAAUGAAGACGGCGUGAGUGGAGGUACACUUCAGGGAGGGGGGGCCGCGAAGAUGUCGGUGCCGCUGCUGAAGAUCGGCGUGGUGCUCAGCACCAUGGCCAUGAUCACCAACUGGAUGUCGCAGACUCUGCCCUCGCUGGUGGGGCUCAACACUACCAAGCUGACGGCGGCGCAGGGGGGCUACCUGGAUCGCAGCACCGGAGUGCUGCCGGCUAACCCAGAGGAGUCGUGGCAGGUGUACAGUUCGGGUCAGGAUGGCGAGGGUAGGUGCGUGUGCACCGUGGUGGCGCCCCAGCAGUCCAUGUGCUCGAGGGACGCCCGCACCAAACAACUGAGGCAGCUGCUGGAGAAGGUCCAGAACAUGACCCAGUCCAUCCAGGUGCUGGACCAGAGAACCCAGAGAGAGCUCCAGUAUGUGGAGAAGAUGGAGGUUCAGCUCCGCGGCCUGCAGACCAAGUUCAGGCAGGUGGAGGAGAACCACAUGCAGAACAUCGCCAAGCAAUACAAGGCCAUAAAGGCGAAAAUGGAGGAGAUUAGACCGUUGAUACCGGUGUUGGUGGAGUACAAAGCCGAUGCCAAAUUGGUAUUGCAGUUUAAGGAGGAGGUCCAGAAUCUGACGUCAGUUCUAAGCGAACUUCAGGAGGAGAUGGGGGCCUAUGACUACGAGGAGCUCCACAGCAGAGUGUCAAAUCUCGAGGAGAGACUCCGAGCGUGCAUGCAAAAAUUAGCAUGCGGAAAACUGACGGGCAUCAGUGACCCCAUCACCAUAAAGACGUCAGGGUCCAGGUUUGGCUCCUGGAUGACUGACCCUCUGGCGCCUGAAGGGGACACCCGGGUCUGGUACAUGGACGGCUACCACAACAACCGCUUUGUGCGGGAGUAUAAGUCCAUGCAGGACUUCAUGACGUCGGACAACUUCACGUCCCACCGGCUCCCCCACCCGUGGUCCGGAACCGGCCAGGUGGUCUACAACGGUUCCAUCUACUUCAACAAGUUCCAGAGCCACGUCAUCAUCAAGUUUGACUUCCGCACCUCCUCCAUCAGCAAGUCCCGGCAGCUGGACUACGCUGGCUUCAACAACGCGUACCACUACGCUUGGGGUGGCCAUUCCGACAUUGACCUGAUGGUGGACGAGGGGGGCCUGUGGGCCGUCUACGCCACCAACCAGAAUGCAGGUAAUAUAGUCAUCAGCAAGUUGAACCCCAACACAUUGCAGAUCGUGAAAAGCUGGACCACAAACCACCCCAAAAGAAGUGCCGGCGAGUCUUUUAUGAUCUGUGGCACGCUGUACGUCACCAACGGGUACUCAGGUGGUACCAAGGUCUACUACGCCUACUCCACCAACUCCUCUACGUACGAGUACAUCGACAUCGCUUUUCAGAAUAAGUACUCUCAUAUCUCCAUGCUGGACUACAACCCGCGGGACCGUGCCCUCUAUGCCUGGAACAACGGGCACCAGGUGCUCUACAACGUCACGCUGUUCCACGUCAUCCGCUCAGAGGAACUGUAACCACUGAUAACAGAUUGCGUCAAUAAAUUUGCUAAAGACUCCAAUGGCAAGCAAAUCCUAUUUAUAAAACCAAGAGACUGAAUGUGCACAUAGACGACUUUACGUAAAAAAUAUCUAAAAACAUCAUGGUAUAGAAUAUCUCAUAAAAUCAGACUGUUGGAUUUAAAAAAAAAAAAAAAGCAGUUUUGUAUAUGUAAAAAAAAAAAAAAAAGACCUUACUAUGACUAUACUAGUUAGAUAGCGGACGUUAUUUUGAUAGUUCAUUUUGUUGGAAUGAAAUCCACUGAUUGUUUACUGCAUAGAAAAUGAUUGUAAAAGUAGACAUACUAUAUAUAGAGAGAGUAUAUAUCAGAUUUAAAAGAAAUACAAAAGAACAGAUGCCAAAAAACACGCCUUUUUAUCAACCUACGCUCAUUCCAAUAGCUGUGAUUUCUCUGCUGUAGUCCUCGCAGCGGGUCUUGAAACAAAGACUUUUUUGUCGGACCGCCCCAUGCGACGGACAUGGACAAGGACGCAAUCAUACCUGGGUGCAUUGUGUCAUAUCGUUUUCAUCGAGCAUAGUAGCAAAUAAAGUCUGUGAAGAACAAUAACAGCAACAAUAACAAAGACUUCCCCAAACCGACCUGAGGGCCGCGACUGUUGACGGCGAUCAUGUUCCUAUGUUGGUGACUACGUGUGAAAAAGGCUUUCUUUGCAUGAGUGUUUUCUAACCACUCUCUGGUUUACGCUACUGAAUGUCUUUUGCUGUAUGGUAUUAUUGAAAAAAAAUGUUGGGACUUCACUUUGGGACUCGGGGGACUUUUGAUAGCCAUUUUAUUUUUCAGCUUCUUUAUAUUUAUUUAUUGCUUUGUUUGAUUUUUACUUCUCUCCAGUCCUUGUAUCACUGUAAACGUCGGCACAGUAAUCUUUGUUUAUUUAGGACUGCAUGGGAGGAAUCUGUUGAGCAAAAAAAAAAAAAAAAAAACAUGACAGAAUGUAUCCAAGAUGGUUAGCCUCUCUUUAAUUCACCCCAUGCACCUGUAGUUGAGAUUUAUUCUCAGUUUUAUUUUAUUUUCAUAUCACAAAUCCGCUUGUGAAGGACAGUACUGUUUUCAAUGUAAUCCCUUGGACAAAUGCCUUUCUUUCUUUUUGAGCUGUACUGGACGUGUUGUACUUGAGAUGAGAUAGUUAAAUGAUUUGUGUCAAUAAAAAAUGAGAAAGAACACAUUUAGAAUUGUCACCUUCCAAAUAUUUACAAGCUUCUAAUGAGACUGAUUAUAAAAACACUGCAAUAUGCAUGCCAGGCCAGGAGUUGGCGAUGCUACUUUGUAAAGAAAUGUACAUUACAGUGUUGCCUCGCUCUAUCGCCGUUCACCUUUUGUGGAUUUGUUGUUUCACAGAUUUUCUUUAGUGCUUUUUUUUAAUUACAGCAUAUGAGGCUGAGCCUGGCCCUUUAAGAAGAAUUGCACUGUGGGAAGUUGAGCGUCUAUCUCAUCCCUCUCUCGUUGGUCUGCACCGCCCAUUGUUUUCUGAAAUGUAAAUAGUAUGCGUGUCACAAGAUCUCACAAGAUUAAAACGUGACAAGAUUUCUCAUUAAGAAAAAACCUGUCUCGUGGGCACUAGAGGUCCUGUGAUGAUAAUAAAGAAAUCACACAAUAAUUGAAAAUGAAUGCAAUUUUGCCGACUUCAGUAUAUUGCCAUGUGCAUACGUGUUUUUCUCGUCUGCCUCCCGUCAAUCAGAAAGAGGGUUCACUCUGUCCAACACUCUGUGUUGCUCCAUAGGGCUCACAAGGCAUGAACACAGUGAGCCCUUCUCGGUGGGUGGAGGCGGGGCCAGUAGCAUACACACAGAGUGGAGAAGAGCGUAACAUAGUCGAAAUGAAAUUAGUAGAUGGCAAUAUAUUGUCGUAUAUUUUUUCAUUGUACUUUUCUUAAAAAUAGUGUUGAAAUCCCAUCUCGUUCUCGUAGACUCAUUCGCGUGCAUCGUCUCGUGACACCCCUAGUAAACAGUAAUGCUACUGUUUUCAAAGCUGUCAAACAUUCUGCGGUCUUGUGAACAGGCAAAAAACAACACAAUUUUUUUUAAUCCUUCAUUUAUUUAUUUUCUAUCUGUUUUGGUGAAAACACUCUCUUCAUUUGUAGACCAAGCACUGUUGCAAUUGAUAGUCAUCAUCCAUGGAAAGAGCCUUUUUCACCGAAUGAAGUUCGGUUCUGUCGCGUUGUGAUAGCACAAGUAGACAAAAAGGUUUUUUCUUGAAAAUUUGAACUUGCAAAGUGUUUUAGUCUGUUCUUACAAGAGCGUUUAACACUGCUGGAAGACAAAAUUAAGAAAGACGCAAGUACUCAACUGAAAAUAAUGUAUUUGAAGGACGGCUCAUAGCUCAUGCUGCUAUCGCUGUGGACACGCCUGCAAUCAAAAUGCAAACCAAAUCACGAUGUAGUACCAAACCGGACUGCACCAGGCUAUUAAUAGAGAUCCGGCAUCUAGGAGUGGAUGCCAAUUCCAAUCUAAUGAGUUGUUAACAUGUUGAAUAUCUCGAGCAAUGCACCUUGAGAGACGGGGCUAGCUGGUUAAGGUUUUGGUCUACUACCACAUUUUAUGUUCCAGGGGGUUUUAUUGUUACCCCUAUUGUAAUAAUUGUAAUAAUACCCCCCAUGUAUUUUUCUUUCCAUCAUCAGACCUCCUCUGCGAUGUCCUUUGUUUUCUACAAAACUGUCCUUUUUGUUCAUGUAACGCUUUCUUCCCCAUUUUUGUUGAUACGCACUUCAUUUCGCUUCCCCCCCCACCCGCUGCUACAACCUCUAUCCUCCGGC